ACUUUUGAUUUUUGAAUUUCGAUCCCUCUCCAGAUAAUGGCUUUUUCCGUAGUUUAGCAAUUCAAUUUUCGUUUUUUUUUCUUUUCCUUUAUCUGAUCGGAACACAAAGAAAUCAUGAGCCAACCCCCGACCGUUCAUGAGAAAAUUCCGGAAGCCACACAGUCAACUUCAUCCUCGGAGUCAACCCAACCGCCAACUGUCUCUUCUGAUUACGCUCCCUACCCGAAAUUAGAUCCGAACGACGUCGCUCCUCCGCCGGAAAAUUGGACCAGCGUUUCAAUGAGUUCCCAAUCGGAUUCCAGUCCACAGCCGGCACUGAUCUCUAACGGUGCUGCCACCACCAUGCCUGCCGAGUCGAAUCCUUACGUUUCUCCGGCGCCAGUUCAAUCAUCUUCCGUCAAGAAUAAGAUGGAAUCAGUGAAAGACGUGUUGGGGAAAUGGGGAAAGAAAGCGGCGAACGAUACUAAGAAGGCGAAAGAGAUAGCUGAGAAUAUGUGGCAACACUUGAAAACUGGGCCGAGUUUUGCUGACGCUGCUGUAGGAAAAAUUGCUCAGACUACCAAAGUUAUUGCGGAUGGUGGUUAUGAGAAGAUCUUCCGGACAACAUUUGAGACUGUUCCCGAGGAAAAGCUUCUGAAGACAUAUGCCUGCUACUUGUCCACCUCGGCUGGUCCUGUUGUUGGAGUUUUUUAUCUGUCAACUGAAAAGCUUGCUUUUUGUAGCGACGAUCCUCUGGCUUAUCAAGUUGGUGACCAGACUCAAUACAGCUAUUAUAAGGUGGUUAUUCCAUUACAUCAGCUGAGGGCAGUGAAUCCAUCGGCUAGCAAAGCCAACCCUGCCGAGAAAUACGUACAGAUUAUGUCAGUCGACAACCAUGAAUUCUGGUUCAUGGGGUUUGUACACUACGACAGUGCUGUUAAGAAUCUUCAAGGUGCAUUGCAACCUCGUAGUUCUUGAUGUGAUGUUAU